AUGGGGGAGACUGGCCCCAGAAAACGCCGAGAGGAUGAGAAAUCCAUCCAGAGUGAUGAGCCCAAGACCACAAGUCUCCAAAAAGAGUUGGGCCUGUUCAGCGGCACCUGCAUCAUUGUGGGCACCAUCAUCGGCUCUGGGAUCUUCAUCUCCCCUAAGUCUGUGCUCAGAAACACGGAAGCAGUGGGACCAUGUCUCAUCCUCUGGACAGUCUGUGGGGUCCUUGCAACACUGGGGGCCCUGUGCUUUGCGGAGCUUGGCACGAUGAUCACCAAGUCAGGGGGUGAGUAUCCCUACCUGAUGGAGGCCUUUGGCCCCAUCCCUGCCUACCUCUUCUCCUGGACCAGCCUGGUGGUCAUGAAGCCUUCGUCCUUUGCCAUCAUCUGCCUCAGCUUCUCCGAAUACGUGGCUGCACCCUUCUACUCAGGCUGCGAGCCUCCCCAGGUUGUGGUGAAAUUCCUGGCUGCUGCAGCCAUCUUGGUCAUCACAACAGUGAACUCGCUAAGUGUGCGGCUGGGCAGUUACGUGCAGAACUUCUUCACAGCAGCCAAGCUGGUAAUCGUGGCCAUCAUCAUCGUCAGUGGGAUCGUCCUACUGGCCCAAGGAAACACAAGGAAUUUUGAGCAGUCUUUUGAGGGCGCAAAAAUCUCUGUGGGAGCCAUCAGUCUGGCAUUGUACAAUGGACUCUGGGCCUACGACGGUUGGAAUCAGCUCAAUUACAUCACAGAAGAACUGAGAAACCCCUUCAGAAACCUGCCGCUGGCCAUCAUCAUCGGGAUCACACUGGUGACUGUGAGUUACAUCCUCAUCAACAUCGCCUACUUCACGGUCAUGACGCCCACGGAGCUGCUGCAGUCGCAGGCCGUGGCCGUGACCUAUGGGGACCGCGUCCUCUACCCAGCCUCGUGGAUUGUCCCAGUGUUUGUGGCGUUUUCAACCAUUGGUGCUGCUAACGGGGCCUGCUUCACAGCGGGCAGACUCGCUUACGUGGCUGCCCGGGAAGGCCACAUGCUCAAAGUGCUGUCUUACAUUAGUGUCAGGCGCCUAACUCCAGCCCCUUCCAUCAUCUUUUAUGGAAUCAUGGCAACCAUUUAUAUCAUUCCUGGAGACAUUAACUCACUAGUCAAUUAUUUCAGUUUUGCUGCAUGGUUGUUUUAUGGCAUGACAGUUCUAGGACUCAUUGUGAUGAGGUUUACGAAGAAAGAACUGGAAAGGCCGAUCAAGGUGCCCAUCGUCAUCCCCAUCCUGGUGACUCUCAUAGCCGUGUUUCUGGUCCUGGCCCCAAUCAUCACGGAACCUGCAUGGGAGUAUCUCUACUGUGUGUUGUUUAUCCUGAGCGGCCUCAUCUUUUACUUCCUCUUUGUCUACCACAAGUUUGCAUGGGCCCAGAAAAUCUCAAAGCCAGUCACCAUGCACCUUCAGAUGCUCUUGGAAGCCGUGCCGCCAGAGAAGGACACUUAGUGACAACUCUGUCCCUUGUAGCCAAGUCAAAACUGUGAUGUGUUUACUUUUGUAAUCAGUAUUUGUGCUUAUGUUCUCCUGAUUUUUAAAAAAAGAAAUGUAUUAAGA